GAGAAAAUAGCUUUUUUUAUUUUUUAUGAUAAACUUACAACAAUUACAUUGAGGAAUAUUAUUUUGCUUAAUAGACAAGAUGAUAUAAAUAAAUCACAUUCCUCCCAAAUGGGAGCUUCAUUUUUGGUUUUCUCUUUGAAUGGUGAUAGUGGUGACAGUAGUAAUGAUGACGAUGAUACUGGCGUUACAAUCUUGACAAGAUCGAAUUGGUAUGUAGAUAUAUUGGUGACCAGUGGAUUAACGAAAACCGAUGAAUAG